AUGUCGGGCCACGGCAGGAAUUCGGAUCAAGAGGAGCUGGGUGAGCUGGACGAGGAUGAGCUCUUGGCCAACCUGUCCCCCGAAGAGCUGAGGGAACUGCAGUCGGAAAUGGAAGUCAUGGCCCCGGACCCCCGCCUUCCCGUGGGAAUGAUCCAGAAGGACCAAACCGAGAAGCCACCGACGGGGACCUUCGACCACAGGUCCCUGGUGGACUACAUGUACUUGCAGAAGGCCUCCAGGCGCAUGCUGGAAGAUGAGCGCGUCCCCGUCACCUUUGUGCGGUCUGAGGAAAACACGCCAGGACGGCAGGAGGCCAGAGACCCAGGGAAUAAAAACGUGCUCCGGUUCCUGAAAGAAAAGCUCAAUGACGAAAUCGCGGCACAUAAAAGAGAAUCCGACGGCAGCGACGGUGUGCAGGAAGCGGAUGAGGAGGAUGGGGAAGAGGAGGAGGAGGAGGAGGAGGAGGAGGAGGAAGAGGAAGAGGAAGAAGAGGAAGAGGAGGACGACGGUGAGCCGGGAGAAGCACAGAAUCCGGUCGGAAACGGCGAGAGCAGCAGCCCCCAGACGGCCACCAGAGCUCGGGAGGAACACAGAAACCAACCCGCAGCCCAGGAAAAAAGUGAGAAGAAAGUCUCCAAGCUGGAUCCCAAGAAGCUGGCUCUGGACACCAGCUUCCUGAAGGUCAGCGCGAGGCCCUCAGGGAACCAGACGGACCUGGACGGCAGCCUGAGGCGCGUGAGGCAGAACGACCCCGACUUGAAGGAGCUGAACCUCAACAACAUCGAGAACAUCCCCCGGGAGAUGCUGCUGGACUUCGUCAACGCCAUGAAGAAGAACAAGCACGUGAGGACGCUCAGCCUGGCCAACGUGGGCGCCGACGAGAGCGUGGCCUUCGCCCUGGCCAACAUGCUGCGGGAGAACAGGAGCAUCCGCACGCUCAACAUCGAGUCCAACUUCAUCACGGGGAAGGGCAUCGUGGCCAUCAUGCGGUGCCUGCAGUUCAACGAGACCCUCACCGAGCUGCGCUUCCACAACCAGAGGCACAUGCUGGGCCACCACGCCGAGAUGGAGAUCUCCCGGCUGCUGAAGGCCAACCACACCCUGCUCAAGGUGGGCUACCACUUUGAGCUCCCGGGUCCCCGGAUGGUGGUCACGAAUCUGCUCACCAGGAACCAGGACAGACAGAGGCAGAAAAGGCAAGAAGAACAGAAACAGCAGCAGCUCAAGGAGCAGAGGAAGCUCAUAGCCAUGCUGGAGAACGGCCUGGGGCUGCCCCCAGGGAUGUGGGAGAGGCUGGGGGGGCCCAUGCCCGACCCCAGGAUGCAGGAGUUCCUCCAGCCGCCUCCCGGGCCUCCCGGCCCUCACGGCCCCCACGGCCCCCACGGCCCCCACGGUCCCCACGCGGUCCCCUUCGGCCGCAGAAACGAGAUGGCGAAAAAGCCGUCUCAGCCUCCGCAGUACAAGACGGACCCCGACUCCUUCCGGGUGGUGAAGCUGAAGAGGAUCCAACGCAAAUCCCGCAUGCCGGAGGCCAAGGAGCCGCCCGAGAAAACCAACCUCAAAGACGUGAUCAAGACGCUCAAACCCGUGCCCCGAAACCGGCCACCCCCCCUGGUGGAGAUCACACCCAGAGACCAGCUCCUGAAUGACAUCCGUCACAGCAACGUCGCCUACCUUAAACCCGUGCAACUGCCAAAAGAACUGGCGUAA